CCACAGGGCAUCGCCUUGGCUACUAUGCUGACAGGACUUGCCCCUCACUGAAGUCUCAGGAGGAUACUGGCCAAAAAGUGUGCAGGUCCUGGGAAAUAUACUGACAGUCUUAGCCUUGCUAAUUAACCUAUGAUCAUGAGUGGGAGCAGGGCAUCUCUGCUCAUGAGCUGCCUGUUCUUCCAGAAAUCUUGAAGCCCAAGAGCAGUCUGAUCCUGCCUACCAAGGUCUGAAGUGUGAGCACCAUGGCUACAAGUGCCGUUCCAAGUGAAAACCUCCCCACCUACAAGCUAGUGGUGGUCGGGGAUGGGGGUGUGGGGAAAAGCGCCCUCACCAUUCAAUUUUUUCAGAAGAUCUUUGUGCCAGACUAUGACCCAACCAUCGAAGAUUCAUAUCUGAAGCAUACAGAAAUCGAUGGCCAGUGGGCAAUCCUGGAUGUUCUAGAUACUGCAGGCCAAGAAGAAUUCAGCGCAAUGAGAGAACAGUACAUGAGGACAGGAGAUGGGUUCCUUAUAGUCUAUUCGGUCACAGAUAAAGCUAGCUUUGAGCAUGUGGAUAGGUUCCAUCAACUCAUCCUCCGAGUCAAAGACAGAGAAUCUUUUCCAAUGAUUUUGGUGGCCAACAAAGUGGAUCUAAUGCAUUUGCGAAAGAUUACCCGGGAACAAGGAAAGGAAAUGGCAGCAAAGCACAAUAUUCCUUAUAUAGAAACCAGUGCGAAGGAUCCGCCGCUUAAUGUUGACAAAGCCUUCCACGACCUUGUUCGAGUAAUCAGGCAACAAGUCCCAGAGAAGAGUCAGAAGAAGAAGAAGACCAAGUGGCGAGGAGACAGAACAGCCAGUUCCCAUAAACUGCAGUGUGUGAUUUUGUGACUGCUGCUUCCAUGUUUCCCUUUUUCCAUUCCAACAUGCAUCCAAGAUUAAUUGAAAGAAGAAGACAGGUCAGCCCUUGAAACACUGUCCCACCUAAUGGUGAUGUAACAUUUCAAGCAAAAUGAUCCUUGCAGGAAAGGAUUUGGCAGGAGACGAGUCCUCGGUCUUUUUUUGGGAGCUCAGCCAAAGGACUGCUUGGCAAAUCGUUUAUACAAACACCUGAAAAGCAGGGAGCAAAUUAGGACCAGAGUGUUAAAAUCAUCAACCAUCUCAACCAUCUCUAUUUUAUAAUGGGAAAUGAGGGAAGUAUGAUUCUACGUGCACGCAUUUCUACGUAUGGCUUAUUUCUAAACGUGGUUCCAUUUUGUACAGUGUGGGGGCGGGUGGGGAAGAAGUAGAGAGUCAGUAUUCCUUGCUCAAUGAGCACGGAGCAAGAAAGAGAUAUAGGAGAUUUAUUUCUCUUCCACUGGACGCUCCCAGAUAUCCUCUCAGCAACACCAUACUGCAACUUUAUAUGAAAAAUGCAUAGAUCUGAAGGAAGAAAAUGAAUUCCAGCUGCUCUGGGGACUCCAGACAUUGUGUCAUUGGCUGGAGAGUAGCCAGCUCUUCUGAAAAAUGCCAGCAAAGAGGGCGGAAGAAUGGGUUUGGUGAUUGGUGGUUGCUGUUGUCCUUGUUGUUAAUGGGGUGGGGGUGGGAGUUAGCAUGUUGAAGCUACCAUGAGGGAGGGUAGGAUUUGCUAAUCCUGAAAAUAUUUAAAUUAAAAGUU